GGCGAAUACACGAAGAAGCGUUUUUGCUCAUAUGUGUAGAACAAAUCGGAAUUCCUGCACGGAACCUUUGACGGGUGGUUAGUUGUACUCUACGGAAACGACGUAGUGUAACACACAAUGUCUCUGGUGGAAGCACACGCGUUGGACUCCGGCGACAACAUGGCUCUUUGGUCUGAAGGCAAGGUUGACCAGAGUGAUUCUGAAGGAGAGAGUGAAGGUGAAAGAACGAAUGAUGAAGAGAAAGAAGAGGAUGAAAAUGAACAUAAUGAAGAUGCCAACACUGGAUGGGCUGAAGCCAUGGCAAAGAUCCUCGGGAAGAAAACCACGAGCGGCAUCCUGGAGAAGAACAAGGAGCUGGAAAAGAUAAAGGCAGCAGAGAGACAGGAGCAGCUCGAGAGAAAGAAACAGGCUGACGAGAAGAAAGCGUGGGAGCAGAUGUGCAGGGAGAAACCUGACAUAGUGAAGGACCGCGAGACUGAAAAGGCAUUACAGAGAAUUGCUACAAGAGGGGUGGUUCAGCUGUUCAACGCUGUGAGGAAACACCAGAAAACUGUGGAGGAAAAGGUGAAGGACGCUGGUGGGUCAGACAGGAAGAAGGCAAAGAUCCUAGGUUCUGUCUCAAAGAAAGACUUCAUCGAUGUGCUGAGGAGGGAAGAGGGAGGUGUCCGAGCAACGGGCAAGACCGAAAAGGAUGCUGUCGCUGCCGUGGAGAAGCCUGCCUGGACUGUUCUCAGAGAUGACUUCAUGAUGGGAGCCACAAUGAAAGACUGGGACAAAAGCAGUGACCAGGACGAGCCACAGGAGGGGAACAGUGAGGCAGCGAUUUAGAUGUGACAUCAGCCGUGGACACUGAAAGGCUGAGCUCAAAGACUGUCUGGGAAAAACUAACAGGAGACCCUGAACUGAAAAGACGAGCGUUAGCACCAGCACAUGCCUGUGCACGCACACACGUGUGCUGCUGCGUUGGACAUAUACAGUUUUAUAUUUGUUGCUGAAUAUUUUGACAGGUGACUGUGAAACAUACUGAAUGUGGACUGUAGCAGAUGUUAAAAUACAAAUUCCUUCACAGAUUCAUUCAAAUGCAAAACUGUUUCACUUUUUUUUAUUGACACUGGAGAAAUGGAUCCUUCAUGUUAACAGUUUUAUAUUCAACAAUAAAUGUGAUACUACACGCUCACAGGUGGAACAGCCAUGGCAGGUA